UAACAAGGAGAAGAAGAAGAAGUACUUCCUUGGAUGUUUAUUGAGGAAUGCGAUCAAUUCAGUAUUUUCAAAUAAUUGGAGCAGUAACAAGCGUACAACAAACGACAAGGCAGGCCAGUCGACUAGACGGUCCUAAACUGUAACGUUUGUAGAAUAGCGUGUCUAAGUAACGUUAUGGCAUCUCGAUCUCCAUCAUCAUCUCCAGUCUCUGCAAGUGGCUCAGGUAACGUUACAGACCCUGCACGGCCUGAUACGGGAGAGCCACUAGGUUCGGAUUCCGAUUCAGAUGUCGAUUUAGGACAAUUUGACUGUGGUGGAACAGACUCGGGAGUUCGACUGGAAGGAACUGAACUGGAAAAUGCUUUCGAAAUAGCAGCGGAGCGACUUCAAGUUAUAGUCCAAACGGCAAGCAGAGAACAGUUGCUGUACCUGUAUGCUAGGUACAAACAGGUCAAGAAUGGGAAAUGUGAUGCAGCAAAACCUGGCUUUUUCGAUUUUGAGGGCCAGCGGAAAUGGCAGGCAUGGAAGCAAUUGGGCGACAUGAAUGCUGAGCAGGCUAUGCAAGAAUAUGUUUCAUGUGUGAAGUCUCUGGACCCAGACCACAGUUGGAAGGCAUCUGACAGGAGGGGUACAGAACAAAGGAUGGGAUUUGGUGGCCCAGCAGUCAGCUCACUUUAUCAAGAGGAAACGAUAAGUGAAGAGGACAAGAACAUAUUUGACUACUGCAGAGAGAACAACAUCGAGCACAUCACCAAGGCCAUCAAUUCUAAGAAAAUGGAUAUCAAUAUAAAAGAUGAAGAGGGUCGGGCGCUACUGCACUGGGCCUGUGAUCGUGGACAUAAGGAUAUGGUGUCUGUGCUUCUGUUAAACAAAGCUGAUAUAGACAGCCAGGACAAUGAAGGCCAGACAGCACUACAUUAUGCCUCUGCAUGCGAGUUUGCUGACAUUGUGGAGCUACUCCUCAAGGCUGGAGCUGACCCAUCAAUCAAAGAUUUGGAAGGCUCUCUGCCUGAAGAAGUUACAGAAUCUAGCACCAUAUCAUCACUUCUAUGUCAGUACACAGCUCCCAAAGGUUGAACCACCCUUUCCCAAUACCAAAAUGUUUAUUCAACUGUAAUGUUCUUCAGCUUAACAUGCCGUCAUGCUUAUGAGGGUUAUCAAGUGUCAAAUCAGCAGUGAUGUUAUCAUAUGUAUCCAUAUUUACCAUGAUAAAAUGGUUUCUUUCAAGGAUUGUCAUUUUCAUAAAUAAUAAAGAUGAAGUUUUAAAAAAAA